AUGAGGAGGUUCUUGAACGACAAAGGGAAAGUUGUGGAACGAUUUAUUUCUCUACAUCAUGUCAAAUAUACUACAUCAGAGGCACUAAAGGAUGCUCUUUAUGGUAUUCUCGAUCAUCAGACGUUAUCUAUUUCAAGGAUACGAGGGCAAGGAUAUGAUAGUGCUUCAAAUAUGAGAGGUGAGUUUAAUGGUUUACAAAGAAAGAUUCUAGAUGAAAACCCUUAUGCUUUCUAUGUCCAUUGUUAUGCUCACUGUUUGAAAUUGGUGGUUAUGUUCAUUGCUAGUAGUUGCUCGUCUAUUCAUGAUUUCUUUGAGUACAUCUCCUUGAUUGUAACCACAACAAGUGCAUCUUGCAAGAGAAAGGAUGCUUUGAAGGAGGCACAACACCAAGAUAUUUUGAAUAGACUUGCGAGUGGUGAGAUAUCUCAAGGAAAUGGCUUGCACCAAUCAUCUAGUCUCGCUAGACCCGGGGAUAUUAGAUGGGGUUCACAUUAUACUACCUUGAUUCGUUUGGAUCAGAUGUGGUCCUCCGUGUUAGAGGUGCUUAGUAUUGUUGAUGAAGAUGGACGUGGACUAUCUCAAGCGGCGGGUUUGAUAGAAAAAAUGGAGAGCUUUAAAUUUGCUUUCAUUUUGAAGCUUAUGUUAAAGUUGGUUGGUAUCACAAAUGAACUUUCAAAAAUCUUGCAAACAAAUGAACGUUGUGCUGGAUUGCUUCUCAUGUAUUCACCCCAAGAACUCUUUUUCCAAGUUUGA